CCUAGCUGCAGUUCCGGUAUGAUUUCUGCCUUCUAUUGUUACGAAUUUCAUCAGCUUUCUGGGAUGAUGUUUUUAAUGAAGGCUUCCUGCUGGUGACACUGGCGUCAUGGCUGAAAGUGAUGAUGACACCGACAAACUAGAAGAGGUUGAUUAUAGCAGUGAUGCCCGACUGGUGACAAACUCUGAUGCAAAAGAUGAAGAAAUCCAAGUCAUCAUAUCUGAUAACAAAUGCAUAUCCAAGACGACUUGCAAAUGGUUGAUUGGUCUAUUUAUUGUGAUCGGUAUUGCCGUCUCAUGGGUUGGAGCAACUCAGUUUACACAAAGCACUUACACAGAUGAGUUUGACGGUCCCUUCUUCAACGUUUGGUUCUCAACAACGUGGAUGCUUGUCUGCUAUCUGGGAUAUUUCCCGCCAGCGUUUUUUUUGGGGAGAAAUAAAUGGCAUGCGAGACUGAUUUACAGUGAAGACGAGGCUGUCUUUGGUGAAGCGGGUCUAACAUUGUGGAAUUACUUUCGACUGAUCGCCCCAUUCGGUAUAUGCUGGGCCGUCACUAAUUACAUGUACACGUACGCUUUGGGAUUCAUAGCAGCUGCUGACGUAACUGCUCUGUUUUCGUCCAAUACUGCAUUUAUCUAUAUACUGUCCAUACUGUGGCUGAAUGAGCUUAUUACUCCGGUCAAGGUUUUAGCAACAAUAUUUUCUAUAGCAGGUGUGGUGUUAAUGGCUGCUGGUGAUGGUUUUCUGAGAUCCACAGCAGUGGGGGUGGCAUUGUCAGUUGGAGCGGCCAUUGGAGCUGCUUUGUACAAGGUACUUUUUAAAAGAUUCAUCGGUGAUGCAACAAGCGGGCAGGUCUCACUGUUUUUAACUUGUACAGGAGCUUUCAAUUUGCUCUUUCUGUGGCCUGUUAUGUUGACAUUAUAUCUAACAGGGAUAGAAAGCUGGGAUUGGAAUGAGAUGCCAUGGAAAUUUCUAUGUGGGUCAGCUGCCCUGUCAGUGGUUUUCAAUUUCCUGAUUAAUUUUGGUAUUGCUUUCACAUAUCCUUUGUUCAUUGCAAUUGGUACAGUUAUAGGAAUACCCCUCAAUGCAGUUGUGGAUUAUAUUUGGCGUGACAAUGCAUUUGGGACACUGCAAAUCAUUGGAAGUGUGUUUAUCGUCGGAGGAUUUCUGUUAAUGCUGAUUCCAAACAAGUGGCAAGAUAAAGUGACCUGGCCUCGGUUUGUAAGAUGUGGCUGCUGUACGCGAUGUCAUCACAGUGCUUUGUAAGAGGCUAUCAGUCAAAUCUGAAUUACAAAUAUGAUAUAUUUUUGUAUUAAUGGUUUUUCAAAGCUCAGAAAUGGUACGCACAGAAAAGUACCAAACUUAUAAGUAUUUCAAGUAAUGUAAUCUCGGGGGCCGAGCUAUGUUACAGAAUGUUCCAGGUUGCUAAGGCACAGACCACUGUACCAUGUAUUUCUAUGGGCGAGCUGUUGUGGAAAGCCGGUCGCAGAGCCAAUGAAAAAACUUAAAGUCGAGGAAACAACACAAGCUCAACUUUGAAGUAAUCCUGCGCAACCGAAUGUAUACAUGUUGCGCAUGUAGGGGUAAUUCUGUUACACUACUUAGUAGAGUCUCAACAACUAUACCAAAGUACAGUUUCUGGGAGUUUUUGGUCUUUGUUUUCACUGUAAUGGUUGCCAGGUGGUGAAAAUAAUGCCCGGAUGUCCGCCUGAGGAUACUAUUGGCACAUAUAUAUUGGCAGAAAGAAAUAACAGUUUUGAAUAACUUUUAGCAAACUUAUUUUUAUGCCAAAAUUUUGUUCAAUAUUGUUGGCUGAAAUUGUUCAGCAACGAGCUGGAGAAUUUCAAUUUUUCUACCAAAUUAAUAUGUGUGGUUCCAUAUAUUAAUAAGUAUUACAAUGCUACUAAACAAUGAAGGCACUCCUUAUAAAUGCCUUUUUCGGUUUAUCUAAAAUUAGUUACACGGGGUAGUUUAUAAUAACCAAUGUAAGUAAUAUGUAUCAGAUUCUAUGUAAUAGAAAGUUGAUUUAUAACAUUCCCAAUGGAUUCUUAUAAUAAUUUCACAGUGUAAAGGUACAGGUAGUAUAAAGUUGACAAUACAUGUAAUAUAA